CCUCGGAAGCCGGAAACGGGUUCUGUCAGAGGAAGGAGGCUGCUGGGAGAUGCGCUGUGCCCUCGCGCUGCAGCAAGAAAGGGGUGGCAGGUCAGUGGGAGAGGGCUACUUCCAGCCGAAGUAAGGCACCUCUCCCUCCAGCCAACUGGAUUCCUCCAUCGCUUCCGGGCAAUGAGGGCUCACUUUGCUUCCCAUACUGGGGGCGGGGGGGGGUCUCCCCAAUCCUGCCCAGUGGAGGGGAAUUUCACUUGGCCCAAAUCAACGGUGGGGAGAUCUCAAAACCUCCGCUCCCCAUGAGUAGGGGGUGGUUAGCUAUCCAAUUCCCGCCUUCGACUGCCCCCAAGAGGAAAUUGGGGUGCCCUCUCGCCCACUAGUUCACCACCUACACGAGACUGGGGCAAAGGUCAAUAUCCACCGCGCCCCCCGACCCCGCAGCCAACUGUUCCUCCUGCAGAAAGAAAGCGGAAAUGUGUGGAAGCAUCACUUCCGGUAUCACGCUGCGCUCCCUGAACGGCGGUUCGUGGCCGCCAUGUUGCGAGUGGCAAGUGGCGGGGCCGGAACAGAGACGGCCAUCUUGGAUAGGACUGUGAAGCCUUAAAGGGAAUAGUUCUGAAGGUUAGCGCUUAAUGGCGGCGCAAGGUGCCUCCAUCUUGGGAGUGUCGGGUUCUGCAGCCGGAACAGAAAGUUCCUGAAAAACGCCCGCGAACCGCCUCGGCGGGGUUAGGGUGGAGGGGUGGGGAGGAAAAGGGAUGAGCACGUGACUCCAAAGUACCCUCCCCCAUCUUUCUGCGGAGCUGGUCCGGUCUGUCCCCUAUUGGGACCGCCCCUCAGCUCAGCGUCAGCCAAUGAGAGCCGUAGAUUGGAAUGCAGGCGAUUUCCUUGGGAGCGCCGGAGGGAGGCGGGGAAGGUUACCUAGCAACCGUAGAUGCUGCGAGGCCCCGCCAAGCGGUAGACAAGUGCAUUCCCAGAGCCCGAGGAACAGGAGCUGACGGAUCCUGGACCGAGGCAAUUCCUAGCGGAUCCCCUAACCAUCAGGGAUCCUUGGCCUCAACCCAAUCAUGACGUCUCCUCUGAGUUGGGCGGCCUCCGCCAACGCCAUGCCUUCUCAGGACCAGAUUUCAGCUCCUUCCAAAGUCAAGGGCAGUCAGGCUCAGAUCAAGCCCUACCACCCUCGAGGCAAGGGGUCAGUGCAGGCCUGGCACUCACUCCAUUCCAAGGCGGCACCUUUCCACGCCAGCGAGGGGAAGUCCGCUGUGCACACGCAGGUGGCUGAGUUACAAAGGAAGAUACAACUGUUAGAGGGUGACCGAAAGGCCUUUUAUGAGACCAGCCAGUGGAACAUCAAAAAGAAUCAGGAGACCAUCAACCAGCUCCAUGAGGAGACCAGGGCGCUGCAAUUACAGUUGACAGACCUGCUCCAGGGAGAUGAGAAAGUGAUCCAGGCAGUGAUUCGGGAAUGGAAAUCAGAGAAGCCAUAUCUGAAGAACAGGACAGGCCAGCAGGCCCUGGAGCACCUGGACCACCGGCUGAGUGAGAAGGUGAAGCAGCUGAAUGCUCUUCGGUACCAGCUGGGGCUGCGGCAGAAGUGGCUGGAGGAGCUCCAGCUGCAGCACAGUCUGCGUGAGCUGGAGAUGGCAGAGGCGAAAGAUAGCAACACAGAGGUGGCCAAGACCAUGCGGAACCUGGAGAACCGCCUGGAGAAGGCCCAGAUGAAGGUGGAGGAGGCCGAACACAUCACCAAUGUGUACCUGCAGCUCAAGGCCUAUCUACAGGAGGAGAGCCUUCGCUUGGAGAACCGGCUGGACUUCAUGGAGGCUGAGGUGGUGAGAACAAAACACGAGCUGGAGGAACUGAACCUAGUGAAUCAGGAGGCGCUUAAUGCGAGGGACAUCGCCAAGAACCAGCUGCAGCAUCUGGAAGAGACAGUGUUCCGAGAGCGCAAAAAGCGCGAACGCUACCUAACAGAGUGCAAGAAGCACGCGGAGGAGAGGAAACUGCAGAACGAACGCAUGGAGCGCAAGCAGACCCAGCGCGAGCAGGUGCUGCUGCAGUCCAACGACAGGCUCCAGGACAGCAUGCACUCCAAAGAGGAGGAGCUGCGGCGGCGCUGGGACAUGUACCAGAUGGAGGUGCUCUUCGGCAAGGUCAAGGACGCCACCGGCGUGGCGGAAACGCACGCGGUGGUGCAGCGGUUCCUGGCACAGGGCGACACCUUCACGCAGUUGGAGACACUCAAAAGCCAGAACGAGCAGACGCUAAUGAGGCUGAAGGAAGAGAAGCAGCGGCUGCAGCGGGAGCUCGAAGACCUCAAGUACUCAGGGGAGACCACGCUGGUGAGCGAGCAGAAGCUGCAAGUCGAGUUGCAGGGGCGCAUCAAGGCGGAGGAGCAGCGGCGCGCUGACACACAGGAUCGGCUGCAGCUUGCCAUGCGGGCAAUGCAAAUGACCAAAGAGGGCCUGGAACACCUGGCUGGCAAACUGAACCACAUCCUAGUGGCAGGCCCCGCCCACGAGGAAUCCCCGCAAGACGUGAGAGGCGGUGCCAGCACGCAGGAGGCCGGCCGCUUCGCCAGAAAGGAGCUGGAUCCCAAGGCAGGUGACUAUCUGCCCAACCUACUGGGCCUCGUGGAGGAAAAACUGUUGAAGCUACAGGCGCAACUCCAGAACCACAACGUGCCAGAGUUGCUGCGCCACAUCGCCGACCGCGAGUUCUACUCCACCCUAGAGGGAAAGCUGCCGAUGUACAACACCCGCAUCGCCCUGCCUGUUACCGGUCGCAAGGACAGGUUCUUCGACGAAGAGGAGAGUGAGGACGAAGACAACGACGUGGUGACCCGCGCGGAGCUCAAGAUGCGUUCCCAGAAAUUAAUCGAGUCCCGCAGCAAGAGGCGCGGUCGUUCGCGGAGGUCCUAGACUCGCCCUCGCGCCCACCUGGCGUUUGCGGGCCCCUGCGGAGCCCCCAAACCCCUCUGGGCCCAGCGGCGGGCCCACGGGGCCCCUUCAAGGGCUGAACGCGGCCCGGACGAGAGAGCGGAGCGGACGGGCGAUGCCUGGAGUAGAGAAGGGGGCUGGGCUGCCGGACGUUCCCACAGUAAAUCUCCCCAGGCUGGUCCGCGCUGGCCUCGGAAUCGCGCAUUAAAGGUCAACCACCAGCCCCCUGAGUAUUCGCCUCUCCUUGAUCCUGCACCACCCCAUAGAUGGCUGCCCCUCAAACCAGGGCCACAGAUUCAGCUCCCUCCGACCUGGGGAGUGAUGACUCCCAUAAGCUAGGGACACAGGUUGAGCUCCCUCCGCCCCUCCAGAGAAAUGAGAAAUACCUCCACACCUGGGGCGGACCAGCCCUCCCCGUCUGAGCAAGCGGACUCUCCUUCUGAGGACGCAGACCUGUACCCCACUUAGCUGUACACAUUAGCUCCUCCACACCUGGGGACACAAAAAAGAGCCCUCCACUGGGAGAGAGAGAGAGGCGUCCUUUCUCCUGGGCUCAGAUUUAUACACAUUUAUCCGGAGAGCUCGGACCUCUUCCCCAGGGCCCUGGGCUGG